AGAAGAAACAAAUUAAAGAGAGAGAAAAAGAGCGCGCAGUCGCAGUGGGAUCGAUCAAUUGAUCAAGUUGUUAAUUGUUUUUCAUUACCUGUCAUUAUUAUUAAGGCAGAAUCCACCAACGUCUCCUUCCUUUCCAAUAUACGACCCAUUUCCAAUUUUCUCUCUCUCCAUCAUUUUCUCCAUUCCCGUACAUUAUUAUUUCACAUUUUCCCCAUUAUUGCUUAUUUGAUAUUGACAUUUAUAUAAAAGAAAUAUACGUUCAACUUGUUUCAACAUUUUGGAAGUAUUAUUUAUUCAUAGAGCAGAGGAUCACAAAAACAGAUCUAUCUUUGGCUUGAAUAUGGAACAGAAGCACGUAUUGUUAUCGGCAUUGAGUGUAGGGGUUGGAGUAGGGCUUGGAUUGGCGUCAGGACAGGCUGUUAAUAAAUGGACCGGUGGUAAUUCGGCGGCGGAAGGGAUAACGGCCGACCAAAUCGAGCAGGAACUUCGACGCCUCUUCGUUGACGGCAAGCAUACCAAAGUCUCCUUUGCUGACUUCCCUUAUUUUCUCAGUGAACGGACGCGCGUGUUAUUAACAAGUGCAGCAUACGUUCAUCUGAAUCACUUAGAUGUGUCUAAACAUACAAGAAAUCUUUCUCCUGCAAGCAGGGCCAUACUGCUUUCAGGGCCUGCUGAACUUUACCAGCAAACUCUAGCGAAGGCUUUGGCGCAUCAUUUUGAUGCUAAGCUGCUGCUUUUGGAUCUAACUGACUUCACUCUAAAGAUGCAGAGCAAGUAUGGAAUCUUCAAGAAAGAAUCGGCUUUCAAGAGGUCAACCUCAGAGUCUAUGUUGGGACGUUGGUCCAGUUUGAUUGGUUCAUUCUCAAUUCUUCCAGCAAGAGAGAAUAAUGGAGGUACCUUUUCAAGGCAAACCACUGCGUUUGAUGCCAAAUCAAGGAAUAGGGAAGGUGCAAGCAACUCUCUAAAGCAUCGCAGGACAGCCUCUGUUUCUUCUGAUAUAAGUAGCAUCAGCUCUGACUCCUGUUCUUCAAAUCCAGCUCCAACCAAGCGGGUGAACAGCUGGUCAAUAGAUGAAAAGGCUUUAUUACAGUCACUUUACAAGGUUUUAGUGUCGGUCUCUGAAAACAGCCGUGUUAUUCUCUACAUCAGGGAUGUUGACAGACAUCUUCAACCUCCCAGAGUUUAUAAACUCUUUGAUCGAAUGCUGAAGAAGCUGUCGGGAUCGGUGUUGGUUCUAGGCUCCAGGAUGUUUGAGCAUGAAGAUGAUUGUGAGGAAGUAGAUGAGAAACUCGGUCUUCUAUUUCCUUACAGUAUUGAAAUCAGGCCCCCUGAAGAUGAGACACAUCUUACAGACUGGAAAACACAACUGGAAGAGGACAUGAAGAUGAUUCAGUUUCAGGACAACAAGAAUCACAUUGCAGAGGUGCUUGCAGCAAAUGACCUCGAAUGUGAUGAUCUAGGAUCAAUCUGUCGAGCUGACACAGUGGUGCUGAGUAAUUACAUAGAGGAAAUUGUUAUCUCUGCUAUAUCAUAUCAUUUGAUGAACAGCAAGGAUCCAGAAUAUCGAAAUGGGAAGCUCCUCAUAUCAUCCAACAGUUUGUCCCAUGGAUUAAGUGUCUUCCAGGACGGAAAGAGUGGUUGCAGAGACUCCCUCAAAAUGGAGGCAAAUGCUGAAACGUCCAAGGAUACUGGGUUAAAGCCUGAAACAAAGUCUGAGAACCCAACAUCUGAGAGUAAGGGCGAGGCUGAAAAAUCAGUUCCUUCAGCAAAAAAGGAUGGAGAGAUUAAGGCCCCGGAAGUUCUUCCUGACAAUGAAUUUGAGAAGCGGAUAAGACCAGAGGUUAUACCUUCAAAUGAAAUUGGAGUGACAUUUGCAGAUAUUGGUGCUCUAGAUGAAACAAAAGAAUCACUUCAGGAGCUGGUCAUGCUUCCUCUUAGAAGACCUGACCUCUUCAACGGUGGACUGCUGAAGCCUUGCAGAGGUAUACUACUCUUUGGUCCACCUGGCACUGGGAAAACGAUGCUGGCCAAAGCAAUAGCCAACGAAGCUGGAGCGAGCUUUAUAAAUGUCUCAAUGUCAACCAUUACUUCAAAAUGGUUUGGGGAAGAUGAAAAGAAUGUCAGAGCUCUUUUCACACUUGCAGCGAAGGUUUCUCCUACGAUCAUUUUUGUGGAUGAGGUUGAUAGCAUGCUCGGGCAGCGGACAAGAGUUGGAGAGCACGAGGCUAUGCGAAAAAUUAAGAAUGAGUUUAUGACUCACUGGGACGGUUUAUUGACUAAACCAGGUGAGCGUAUUCUUGUUCUUGCUGCAACCAACAGACCUUUCGACCUCGAUGAAGCAAUAAUCAGGCGGUUUGAGCGCAGAAUUAUGGUCGGUUUACCUGCAGCUGAGAAUAGAGAGAAGAUUUUGAAAACUCUUCUAGCAAAGGAGAAGGUAGAAGAUCUUGAUUUUAAAGAGCUCGCAGCCAUGACCGAAGGAUAUAGUGGAAGUGAUCUUAAGAACUUGUGCACAACAGCAGCUUAUCGGCCUGUCAGAGAGCUAAUACAACAAGAGAGAAAGAAAGAUAUGAAAAAGAAGCAGAGAGCUGACGAAGGGCAGAGUACAGAAGAUCACUCAGAUGAGAAAGAAGAAGCCACAGAAGAAAGAGUAAUUGCUUUGAGGCCUCUAAACAUGGAAGACAUGAAACAGGCAAAGAAUCAGGUUGCUGCUAGCUUUGCUUCUGAGGGAUCCGUAAUGAGUGAGCUGAAGCAGUGGAAUGACCUUUAUGGAGAAGGAGGUUCUAGAAAGAAGCAGCAGUUAUCUUAUUUCCUUUAGGUCGUCAAAUAUAUGCAUCAAGAAAUGAUUGUCAGCAUUAUUUUUCGUGAAAGGGGUGAUAACUGUGAUUGCUACAACCUUCAGAAUCAAAAUCGCAUUCUCCUGAAUCUAAGGAAGAGAUACUCGAACCCUGUGCCAAACUGGUCUCCACUUCUGAGAGUGUGACAUGAAUAUGCAUGAAAUGUGCUUGUCAAAUGCUUGCUUGUGUUUGUAUGUGGAUGGUUGCAGAAGGAAGGAGAAUUCAGUCUGUUUCUGCUCAGAGCUACGGUUAGCCCAUAGCAGUCUUGUAGGAUAUCAAAGAUGAUCUCUGCGUGGCAACUGGAAUGGCACAUGGACUCGGAAAUCUCACAGCAAGUUAUGAUUUUGUUCAUCUAUAGUUAUUCCAUGUAAUAGUGUAUUGUAAAUUAGUCUUGUUUACAGUUAAUGCUAUAGUGUAAUUUAUCAACUUCUGUUCAAAGAGUUUCCUCGGACUAAUAUAUUCUUCAUUUGGACACUUUACAGCA